AUGGCAUCGUCAAGCUCACCCAAGGCCGCGAACAAUGGCGUCCCGAACUUGCCGUACUUCACGCCCGCUCACGCCGCAGAUCCUGGUGUCCCGUUCACGCCAUCCCCCAGUACACCGACGCUGUUCACGCCGUUGAAGAUCCGCUCGAAGACACUGAAGAAUCGCAUCAUAGUGGCUCCGAUGUGCCAGUACUCGACGGCUCCUUCCGGCCCAGACGUCGGAAAACUGACCGAUUACCACAUUGCGACAUUGGGUCACUAUGCGCUUAAGGGAGCAGGGCUCGUCUUCAUCGAGGCCACUGGCGUCCAGCCGAAUGGCCGGAUCACUCCAAAUUGCCCUGGGCUGUGGAGUGAUGCGCAGACCGAGAGCGUCAAGAGGGUCUCAGACUUCAUUAAGUCUCAGGGCGCACUUUCCGGUAUGCAGCUUGCUCAUGCUGGGCGAAAGUCGGGUACCAUGCCGCCGUGGGUGGCGGCAUCGUUUAAGAAACCAUCCCUGCGUGCAGGUAAGGACGUCGGCGGCUGGCAGGAGGACGUGGUAGGUCCAAGUGGUGGCCCUGAAAAUAGCUGGGACGGCAAAGGAUUGGCAGAGGACGGGGGUUUCUGGCCUCCGAGACAACUCACCGUGCAGGAGAUCAAAGAAACUGUCGAUGCGUUUGCACAGGCUGCAAGGCGGUCGGUGGAAGCUGGUAUCGAUGUGAUUGAGAUCCAUGCCGCCCACGGCUAUUUGAUCCACCAGUUCCUCAGCCCCGUCACGAACAGACGCACUGAUCAAUACGGCGGGAGCUUUGAAUACCGCACGCGUCUACUCGUCGAAAUCGUCCAGGCAGUCCGGAAACAAAUCCCGCAAGGUAUGCCUCUAUUUCUGCGGGUGAGCUCGACGGAAUGGAUGGAGGAAACGGACUUGGCCAAGCAGUUUGGCAGCUGGGACGUGGAGAGUACGAUAAGAUUGGCUAAAAUGCUGCCUGGGUUGGGUGUGGAUCUGUUGGACGUUAGUAGUGGCGGAAAUCACCCCCAGCAGCGCAUCAACAUGUUUGCCUCGAAGGACUAUCAAACAAAAAUAGCACACCAGAUCCGGCAAACGAUGAAGGCCAACGGGUUGACUUUGUUCAUUGGAGCAGUUGGGCUCAUUACGGAGGCUGAACAGGCGAGGGAUAUUGUCGACGAUCGAGAUUCGGACAAGAGCAUCGGGGAGGAGGCCAACGCGGCAAAGGAGAUGACAGAUGCUAAGGGUGGCAAGGAGCCGAUGGCAGAUGUUAUUCUGGUGGCGCGACAGUUCAUGAGGGAGCCUGAGUGGGUACUGAAGGUUGGGUGGAAGCUGGGAGUCGACGUGGCCUGGCCCAGUCAGUUUUUGAGAGUGAGGUUCCCAAAGUUGUAA